AUGGGGACCCUCAGGAAUGUGGCACUCCUCGUGCUGGGCAUCUCCUUUACGGUCUUCGUCGCCUUUUUCGGCCGAUUGCCGGCUUUGAGGCACACACCCAUUGCAACAUUGCAUAGGCUUAUGUGGAUUCAUAUCCCUAAUGCCUUCUUGGCUGUAGACAAACUCUUGACGGGAGGGAGGUUCUCAACCUCCAUGAUGCGCUUCGGCAACUACAUGAUGCAUGAUCGACAUCCCACCGUCGUUAUAUUCUUCCUUCUCAUUCUCUCCGUAUCGGAAUAUUUGUACCUACCCGGCGCCUGGCCCCAGCUUCCCCUCUUCCACAAGAUCACAGGCUCUGUCGCCAUCUUUCUACCCUACCUCUUUCUCUACCUGUCCGUCAUGGCUGACCCGGGCUACAUCACGUCUGAGAACCACGCAUACUACAUGUCCCUUUACCCAUACGACUACUCCAUCUUCUUCCCCGGCCAAAUAUGUAGCACCUGCAAUCUCAUCAAGCCGCCUCGCUCUAAGCACUGCAGCAUCUGCAAGCGCUGCGUCGCCAAGCUUGAUCACCACUGCAUCUUCAUCAACGGCUGCGUCGGCUACCGAAACCAGCACUAUUUCGUCCUGCUCUUGCUAUCCACGGCCCUACUCACCUCCUACGGCGCUCUGCUUGGCUUCAGCCUGCUGUCUGGUAAAGUCGGCUCGCAGUACCCGGCAUGGUCGAUUUGGCCGCCCAAGGGCAUGGAGGUCAAGGAGUAUCUGCUCGUCUGGAGCUGGGCUCUGCAGGACAAUGUCGGCAUGGGCGCGGUUACCCUACUCGCGGCCAUGACGUCCCCCUUGGUCUGGGGACUACUGAGCUACACAGUCUGGCUAAUCUACUGCGGCACCACAACCAACGAGUCUUUAAAGUGGUCAGACUGGAAGGCAGAAAUGGACGACGGUUGCGCUUUCAAGCGCAACAUGCCUACGAAUCGUAUAAAGGAUACUCGUUUCGAGCCAGAGCGGACACGCUGGCCCCUAGAUGCCCAGCAGGUAUUGGCAAGGACCGAUGAUGGGAUGCCUCCUCCGGAUCACGGGCCGGGCGAGGGUGAGUGGGAGCGGGUAUGGAACCUCAAGGAUGUCGAAAACUUGUACGAUCUGGGCCUAUGGGAUAAUAUGGCGGACAUCUUUGUCUCUGACUACGACUUCAACGUCAGGCGCGACCAGCCGUCUGUGGAGGACCCCUGGCGCCAGAGGCAUACAUCUAAAUCCUGA